CCUCCAAGGAGCAGUGGACUAAGCCGCGCAGCCUGAUGGCCCCGCAAUGGGGCUUGUUGUUGUUGUGGCUGGGUUGUGGCACGACGCGCUCACCAGCGCUUGCUCCAGAAAGUAGACGGGCAUGUCCUUAACGGAUGUGGCACGUUUAGCAGUGGUGCGAAGAUGCAGUCUGAAGAAGGCCUUCGUACACUAGCUUCUUUGCGAAAUAUACGUUCGUGCGCUUCAGUAUACUUCGUAUGUGUUGCCUCUACGCAUGGACCGCUAUGUAUGGUUGGCUGCGUGUGCCCAUAGACCGAAAGUUCAGAAAACGUGCGAGCGCUAGGUAGGAGGUUGCAAUUGGGUUUGCGUUACCAGGUGUGCAUGCAGCCAGCGUGUGUUGUUGCGCACUGCCAUUUGACAUUGCAAGCUCAGGGGUCAUGGCGUUGAUGACUAGCGAAUGGUUUCGUUCAGUGUUCUGUGUGGUGGUUGUGCCGCCUCUGCGCGUCCGAAAGAGCACAUGUGCUUCCAGGAGACUGCGCUUUCAUUUGCUAGCAGCCGUUCGUAAUUCGCUUCGUGUGGGAAUGUAGUUCCUACAGAGAGGUUGCACACAUCCUGAUCCUCGACAGGCGAGGUGAAUUCUCUGAAGGAUGACUGUGAUAGCGGAUUUUCUUUGGCUUAGCCCGAAGGAGACAGUGCGCUCAGUGCUGAACCAAUACAAGAUUCACAAUGCGAAUGUCUUCGUCCACCAGGAUUGCACCGUGGAUGACUUCAUCGAUGUCAUAGAUGGAAACCGAAAGUACGUCAAGUGCUUAUAUGUCUAUAACAAGAUUGACAUGAUUGAUCUGAAGCAGGUUGACGAGCUUGCUCGGCGUGAUCACUCUGUGGUUUGCUCGGUCCAGUGGAAGAUGAACUUGGACUUCCUGCUAGCGCGAAUGUGGCAAGAGAUGCAGGUUGUCAGAAUAUAUACCAAAAAGAAGGGUGAGUUCCCUGACUUCAAGGAUCCCAUCGUCUUGACGCCGCAGAGAGGGCUGAAGAAUUUUACCGUGGAAAAUGCGGUGACGUUGCUGCACAAGUCCAUAUUGGAAGAGUUCAAGCACGCUAUCGUGUGGGGCACCAGCGUCAAGACGUCCCCCCAGGCGUGCGGCCUGAAGCACACGCUACACGACGAGGACGUGCUUCAGGUCGCGAAGAAGACCCAGGCUGAAAAGGUUCGUGCAGCACAAGGGAAAAAGACCGGGCAGACCAUCGCGGGCACCAACAUCAAGGCUGACCCAAAGAAGGUUGAGAAGAAGUAGGCUUGACCGCCCGCGUGCAUGCACAUCACCGCAGAUCUGCGGCCAGAGGAGAGCAACGAGUUCCGAGCAAGCAUCCGCUCAAGCGCAGCUGGCCACAGCCUUGGCAGGAUUCGCACCAGCUUCUGCAAAGGCAAGACUUACGAAGAAGCGUAGUGACAAUGGAAAGAUGGGCGGGGUCAGUGGGGACACAGUGCAUGUCUCGACUGCCAGCGCUGAGCGAAUUACACGUACUGUUGCUUAGAUUUCCCCGAGCAUUGUCAGACCUCCCGUUAGUGUUUGUCGCAAUUCUUAGAAUAUGUGUCGAUGCCCUUUCGACAAGUCUCUGCACCCAUUGCCUCCCCCAGCAUUUCCUUUCGCCUAUUUGCAAUGGCUUAGCCAUGACCCCCUAUUACCCAGAAGGGCGCAAUCUCGCAGUUGGGAUUGCGAGCGUCCACGCAAGAAAUGGUCAGAGGAUCGCGUGUGUCGGCUGUAGAGUGUCGGGCAGCAUCCAAGCGGCGAGUUGUCGUGCAAUUUGCCAUGUUAUGUUGCGCAUUGGUAGAUGUUGUUGCGCUCGGUGUGCACAACUACGACCUUGUAUAUUACAACGCUAUGGUGCACAGUGGAUUGCAAUGGCAUGCUACGAGGUGUCGUAUCACCGUGUGUUACGCAGCGGACUGCAUCCAUAUGUUGUGUUACGCUACGACGUGAUACGGUACGAAAUACCAUUCCAUGCAAUAGAGUGCUUGGUUUCCCAUUACGCAGUGCGGUAUUACUAAAGGGCUGCUGGGCUACAGUGUGCUGCACAUGGCUGUAGCACGCAUGACAGCGCAGUGUACUGUAUCCCAUUGCGUUGCCGUGCACUGCACAUGGAUGCCAUGCCUCCGACAAAGAGUUUCGCUAAUUAGGGUCGCGUCAGAUCCAUGAUGUGUUCAAGAUGACGUCGACUGAUGCGGCACAGCGCGCCUACCGCAUUGGCGAACAAUGAUCCUGAACGCAAGUGCAAAUUGCGCCAGUUCAUCGAUAAUUUGCGAAAACGCAAGUUCGAUUGGCUUGCGAGAACCGUCGUUGUGAGUAUCGCCUUCGGUGGAGCUCCCCAAGCGGCCACGAGGCGUGUGAGGG